AUGUGGGAAGACUGGACUCAGACAACUUCAUCGUCCCUGUCUACAACCACGUCUCAAGCAAGUUCAAGAGCCACCUACUCCGCUUGGCCAUCUGAGAACGGCAGUGCCUGGUUAGAUUGGACUCAAACUUAUUCGUCGACAUCAAGCGCUCUUUCUGUUGCUGAUAUCACUACAACUUCGUCCAGUGCCGCGUUGGUUGAUGCUGAAACCACAAGCUCGUCGUUUUCGACCACUUCGACUCAGAGUACCAGACCGUAUGGCUCCACUUGGCCCUCGCACAGUGGCAAUGGCUCUUGGGAAGAUUGGGCCGCAACUUCUACUACGUCCAGCCUCUCUACCACUACAUCAGCAUCUACCUAUCCAUCGAGCCCGUCUUACAACGGAACGUACAGUGGGAACGGGACGUGGGAAGACUGGGCCGACUGGUUGAAUCUGACUUCAACAACUUCAACAUCCACCAAGUUGCCUGUUGACGCAAUAACCACCACUUCUUCAACCACCAGCUCUUCACUACUCCCGGUUGAUGCUCUAACCACGACAAGUUCUAUAUCGUCAACAACCUCCAUUGCUGCGUAUCCAGGCUAUCCAUCCUACAAUGGAUCCGACAAUGGGACCUGGGAGGAUUGGAAUAUCACGUCAAAAGCUCCGUCUUCGGUAUCCUCCACAGUUGCAACUACGACUAGCUCUGUCUUUAACUGGUCAGGCUAUAAUGACUCGAAUUCUAUCUGGUUGGAUUGGAAUUUGACGUCGACGACCUCUGGAGCAUCGAGUAGUUCGGCUUUACCUGUUGGAGCAUUGUCUACUGCCACGACUUCGACCUCGUCUUCAUCCCCAACUACGACUAGCUCUGUCUUUAACUGGUCAGGCUACAAUGAUACGGAUUCUAUCUGGUUGGAUUGGAAUUUGACGUCGACGACCUCUGGAGCAUCGAGUAGUUCGGCAUUACCCGUCGGAGCGGCGUCUACUACCACAACUAGCUCUGCCUUCGGCUACGCUGGCUAUAACGACUCGAAUUCUAUCUGGUUGGAUUGGAAUCUGACGUCGCCAACCUUUACAACAUCGAGUAACUCCGGAUUGCCAGUUGGAGCUGUUUCCACAGCCACGACUAGCUCUUCCUCCUCUGCCUUGCCGGUUGAUGCGCUAACUACAAGCUUGACCUCCUCUUUGAGUACAACCACAACGAGCUCCGGUUUCGCGUAUCCCACGGGCGGCAACUGGACAGGUUACAACGAGAGCGCGUGGCUGGAUUGGAACCUGACAGUCACCAGAACAAGUACGUUGUACGUUGAUGGUCUAACUACCUCAACUUCGUUAGCAACCACUACAAGCUCAGCCGGGGCUUAUCCGACCAUGUCUUGGAACGGUACAGGAAAUUGGACAGAGUCAGAGUGGCUAGAUUGGAAUCUCACGUCAACCUCAUUUGCAUACCCUGGCACGACGACGUCUCCCAUCAGCACGACCACAACAACCUCAGAACUCCCGGUUGAUGCAGCUACCAGAUCGACUUCAACCACAACCAGUUCUUCCACAAGUUCCUCGUCGUCCGGCUUUCCCAGCAUACCACCGUACAACAUAUCCGGCAAUUGGUCGACUUACAACGACUCGAACUCGAUUUGGCUGGACUGGACCACAACUACAAGCGCCGGAACUGUCUCCACAACAUCUAGCUCGGAAGCAGGUUAUCCAACAAUUCCAGCAUAUAAUGGAACUGGUAACUGGUCAGAUUGGCUGUCCAAUAUAACCUACAGCUCGUCCUCGCCGUAUAUCGAUCCGCGAACGACUACUUCUUCCGUGAGCACGUCCUCUGUGCUUUCUGUCGCCGCCACCGCGCUGACACCCACUUCGUCUUCAACUUCGACUUCCACAACCACUACGUCGGUUGCAGGAUAUCCGACCGUGCCAGCGUACAACGGUUCGUAUCCUUCGACAAACUGGACAGACUGGUCAGAUUGGAACGGUACACUUCCUUGGAAUCUCACAACCUCUGUGGCAACUACGUCGACUACAACUACGUCGGUAGCAUAUCCGACCGUGCCGGCGUAUAACGGCUCUUAUCCCCCAACGAAUUGGACGGACUGGUCAGACUGGAACGGUACAAUUCCAUGGAAUCUCACAACUUCCGUGUCAUCUACCCCUACAUUGAGCACGUCCUCCGUUCUCCCAGUCGCUGCUACCGCGUUGACGACUACUGCGCUCACGACUACUACGUCCUCGACGACUUCGUCCACCACCACUUCAUUCGCGGGAUACCCAACUAUACCAGCCUAUAACGGCUCGGAUCCUUCAGGGAACUGGACGGACUGGUCGGAUUGGAACGGUACAAUCCCUUGGAAUGUGAGUUCCAUAACUUCAUCCACUUCUGCCACUAGUUCGUCGGCUGCUUACCCGACCACGGCGUACAAUGGAUCGUAUCCUUCGAUGAACUGGACUGAUUGGAAUGGCACAAUUCCGUGGAAUAUCACUACGUCCUUGAGUACGACUUCAACGCUUUCGGUUCUCUCUGUCGCUGCUGCCAUGACCAGCACUACUUCCUUCUCAUCGUCGACAACAAGCUCACAGGCGAGCUAUCCAACAGUCCCUGCCUUCAACGGUUCUUAUCCAUCUACCAACUGGUCAGACUGGUCAGACUGGAACGGCACGAUCCCCUGGAAUCUUAGUUCGGUAAUCACCACGUCCUCGUCCACCACAACAUCUGUAUCAGGCAUGCCAACAAUUCCAGCCUACAACGGGUCCUAUCCGGACACGAAUUGGACCGAUUGGAACGGUACGAUUCCGUGGAAUGGGACUGAUGGAGGAAGUUCGACGACAUCAUCGACCGUAUCUCUCUUGACCACCACAACUUCGAUACUGUAUGUGUCACCGACAGCUACAAGCUACACAUCGACGUCGACAUUGUCGUCCACGACAACGACUUCAUCCUCUGGGGCCUGGCCGACAAUGACUGCUCCCGCUUACAACGAGACACAGUGGCUCGACUGGCUCAACAGCACGAACAGCACCGGAAACUGGACUCUGCCAGCCAAUUCUAGCUUGCCACUUAACUUGACCGAUCCUUUGUCGACCACUACCACCUCUGCCGGGGCUAUCCCCACAUUGGCGUAUAACGGAACCGGCAAUUGGACAGACUGGUACAAUUCCACAGGAGGUAAUGAGACAUGGCCUUUCAGCUUCUCUGCUACAACCAGCACCUCCCUAGUGGUAACGACAACAUCGACUUCAGUGCCUGUGACAACAACUUCGUCCUCCGUGGUACCUACGACGACUUCGGCAUGGGCUUACAAUGGCACUGGUAAUUGGACGGAUUGGGCCAGCAAUGGAACUGCUCCCUUGAACUACACAAUCCCUCAGUCGAACUCGACCAAUUCGACCACAUGGAGUAGUAAUUCAACGUACCCCACCAACAACUCAUCCGAAUGUAGUGCCACUCCACCUUCGCAAUUGCUGGAGAACCCGUCGUUCGAAUGUUCAGGUACAGGCUGGACACUGGAUGAAGUGGACAUUGUCUGGGGCGGUGUCACCGAAUCGUCUACACCUACCAAGCGCAGACGCGAUAUCCUGUCCCCAGACACGGCGUAUGAUGGCAAAGGAUUUGCUCGUUUUGAGCCCACCUUCGAAGAUGUGACUGCUACACUGUCACAGACACUCGCGGCUCCAGCCACAAAUGGAUCCUACUGGUAUUCCUUCGCCUACCGGGUUCCGUCUUCUGGGAUCACACCGGAUGGAUGUACGUUGACAGUCUCGAACGAUGAAGGAACUCUGGCGACUCUAAGUUCACUCUCAGCCGCCAGCACUUGGACUAUGACUGGGAAGGAGUUCCAGAUAACAUCGUCAGCGAGCACAUUCUCUCUGGUCUUCAGCUGCAAUGGCGUCCAGACUAGUUCGCCAAUCCUAGACGUCGACAAUAUUAGGAUGGGUAUGGGUGGCGGCAACGGGACUGCUGUCAAUGGAAGCUAUGGAGGAUAUAGCAAUAGUACUGGCCUUCCGACUUGGAGUGGUCAACCUCCAGCCAACAUCACAUAUGGGCAACCUCCAUCCAACGUCACAUAUGGGCAACCUCCAGCCGACACCACGUACGGGCAGCCUCCAGCCAACCUGACCACGCCUUAUGCCAGCAACUCAACUGACUAUACUGGAGGAGCUGCUGAUCCUGAAACGGAAGACACCUCAAUCCCCGAUCCUGUCACUACUUCCUCUGUACUCUCUCCAACAACGUCGACAAUUGCUGAUGACAUGGUGCCGGCACCUACCCCGUCAUUCUCAUCAACAACGUCAUCUCCCACGGCGGCGGCCACAGAUCCAUCAGUGACACCGGAUACCAGCGAUCCUAGCACGACGCCGGAUCUUUCAGUCGUGUCGACCACGUCUCCAGCUGCAGCUGAAGAAACGACCACAUCGUCAGCGUCAGCAACGUCCCCGGCCAGCCCGGAGUUUACUGCAAGGAAUCGGGUUAAGAGGCACCGAUAUCAUCGGAACUCGUAG